GGUUAUCGUGCGGUGUCUGGAUUUCCUAACCUUGCUUAACCUGUAAGAGCACAUUUACGUGCAUUUACGUUAAAGUUUAAAGAUAUUAAUUAAUUGGAAUACUGGAGUGAUAUCAAAAUGGGUCAAAUGGGAAAUAACGAUAACGAUAACAUUACAUCCGAUUGCCAAAAUGGACAUGAUAUUGAUAUUGAAAAUAAAGAGAGCCAGAAAAAACAUAAAUGUAAUUAUCCUAACUGCAGUGCUACGUUUUUACGACCUGAUAGAUUGGAAAGACACAUAAAAUCACACACUGGAGAGAGAACAUACAAAUGUAUGCAUCCAGGAUGUACAAAAUCAUAUACAAAUUCAUCUCAUUUAAGAAGACACUCAGAAACGCAUAGCUCUAUGAAGAAAGUAUACAAAUGUAAAGAAUGUUUAAUGAUGAUAAGCACUUUACAUAAUUUGAAACGUCAUUACAAGCGAGUACACAGCGAAAAGAAAAUUUCCUGUAAAGAAUGCGGCAUAAAUUUCAACAAGAGAUAUCAAUUAUCUAAUCAUCAAGCUGAAAAGCAUUCAGAAAACAUGUACAAGUGUGAUCAAUGUAAUAAAAGUUUUGGAACUUUGUCUAUAUUUGAUAGGCAUCAAAAGACGCAUGAAAAACGUUAUCCUUGUCCUGAGUGCUCAGAGAAAUUUGAAAAUUUGGUAUUUCUAAUUGCACAUAAAAAAGCAAAACAUGUAACAAUUUCAGAUUAUAAAUGUGACACUUGCGGCAAAGUCUUUCUUAAUAAGAACAAUCUAAAACAACACUCUAAAAUACAUUGUGAAGACAGAUUAGUUUUUCCAUGCCCAUAUGAUAAUUGUCACAGAUUUUACUUUUUUAAAUCUAAUUUAGAACAGCACAUAAAGAAUAAUCAUCUCGGACAAAAAGUUUAUUGCCAUAUAUGCUCCGUGGGACUUACGACGAACGCAAAGUUGAAACAACAUAUUCAACGUCAUUAUGAACCCAAAAAAGAGAAGAAGAACAAGGUACAACGAAAGAAGCGGAAGGAUGCUGGUGUACCAAAGAAAAGCGUACUAAGUGCCUUAAUUGGAAUAAAUUUACCAAAUAAUUUAGAAAAAAUGAUGAUGGAACGAAAAACAAAGAUAAACGAUACAGCGACAACAUCGGAAGCAUCUUAAGAAAUAUUUAAACGAU